ACAGCCACACGAACGCCGUACCUGCAGUGUCCUUUAACAGGCUUCAGCGGCUCCGAACCCGUUUCACAGUGGAAUCUUAUUUUGGUGUAUGAUAAGUAGUUACGCUUAGUGUGACUGAUGUGGUGAGUACUGUUAUUCUCUGCGAUGGCCAGGAAUCCCACCCUAAAUCCAUUUCGGUAGUGCAGCAUUAACACUUCAAUCGAACUAACUUUUUGCUCGGAAAUUGUGUGACGAGGCUACCGCGCGGAAGAACACGGACAGGCACACGCAGGCCUGCAGUUUCUGUGGUGGUUUCGGAUGUGCGAGCAGCAGCGGCUUCGUCCCGGCUUUCAUCGUUUCGCACGUUUUUCGCUGCUGGAAGAUCAAACCAUGCAGCCUUGUGGAUUCUCCGUACCCUGUCAAAGGAUUGCACGGACAUUGAAUGAGCACAUGGAGAACUGCGAGAUUAUCGACGCACUUACUACAAGUCGUAUGAUUGUUGCCAGUCAAAAGGUAGCUGGUUCUUCAGCAUCGUAUAGGCUUUUGCCGAGGACUCGGAGACGGACGAACAUGCUUCUGCAAGACGAGCAACAGAUGCAAGCACAUCCGUGCUCCAGAGAGGGUAAUACAUGCCCUGCCCUCCUGAGAUGUUCUUCAACAGGUGCAACAAUUGUCAUCGCACGAUCGCCAACUAUACGCACUUGCUCUACGAGAAUGUCCAAUUUCACGUCGUCCAUGCUUUUCGAAGUCAUCAGUGCGAGAACAGUCCAUUGCUGCGCAGUACACGCGGCACGCACGCUACUUCGGUUCCGCAGACACUAUUUUGACAGAGGCAUGAUACUAUUGAAGGAAUUAUUGCCCCCUUCCACGGGCCCUUUCAAAAUCGCGUCGGCAGUCUCCCAUGGCAGACCACUUGCACUGAGAUGCACUAAUCACAAGUUUCCCUGAGCAUUAUGGCAGCGGCAUCUCUACCGGUUUAUUUCGUUCAGCUUUCCGUCGGCUCCCGCAUAUGGCUCUCGUCAUUCAUGUAUCUACCAUUUAUCUAUAUCCCUCAGCAUGGAAACACCACCUACUUCCGCUCUGCCUCAAGCCACUCGUUCCAGCGAUUGGAAGCGUGACCCCCGAAUUGCUUUCAAGAGGAUGUACUGGAUAAAAACACAUACCUUGCACAGAAGUACUCAAUGAAACUAAAAUGUCAAUGGCUAAGCUUUCUUUUUUUUGGCCAUUAGCAUGAGCGAUUCGCACUCACGCAUUACGAAUAAUGUUUGCUCAAAACUUAUUCAGGCUGCCCGCUCAUAUAUUGCUCGCGUCUGCACCGCUUUUUUCAUUUUAUUUUUGCU